AUGUCACAAAACACUCGUGCGGGUCGUAGGAACGGUCUAGGUCGAAUUUGCAGUUCUAUACUUGGCAUCUGUACCCCCAAGAAGGAAAAAAAGGAAAAAACUACUCCUGUCAGGCCUCCAAGAAGCAACAGUGAACAGCGACCUCAUUUGACUUUGCAGCCUGCCCGUUCGAAUUUUAGUGAAGUUUUUCCCUCUCAAUUGCAGGACAGCACGACUCCUCAUGGUACUCCUGAAUUCAAGAGUCAUUCCUUUUUUAGAACCGACGUUGGUUCCUCAGCCAAUCAACAGCCUCCUGCCGCUCUCACCGGUCAUGUAGCUACUAUGGACACAAGUAAUGAUGCUUCCACUUCUGUGACGCAGCCCGACACAAUGAAGCAGGUUACUGAGGUUAGUUCUUCACCUUUGCCAUCCGAGACACUUCAAUCAAAUUCAAAUGAUAAAGUACAUAAUUCCUUCAUGCCGACAGAGUCACGAUUGGUCUCCAGUACUGUGAAAGUUAGUGACGUGCCUGAAUCCUUAAAACCGGCAUCUACUGCUGAGGAAUCUGUGAGCGAGGUAUUAAGCCCUGCUCCCAAUGCCAAUGAUCUUGGUGAAGAAAUGAUAAGCAAAGGAAGAAACCCUAGUAAAUUGAAUAAAGAACUUUCUGCUUCGAACUCGAUGAAAAUAGAAGGGACAUCUACUGAUCUUCCAGAGCAGCAAUCGACACGUUCUGUACCUCUUACCCCUGAAUCCGGUAAAAGUGUUGUUUCCGUGUCGGCUAAACAACCUAGGUCAUCGUUCUCAUCGCAUGAAACUGUUGUACCUAUACCUAUAGAGACACGGACGGAUAACAAUCAAAAAGCAAACAAUGAAAGUAUAACGAAAGACCAAUCCAAGCAUGAGCGUUCUUCUAGCUCGUCUACAAUAAAUGGAGUCAACAAUAACAAAGAUACAGAACAAUCUAAUCAAAUUGCUGCAGGUACUGAAAAUGACUCAAAAGCGAAACCAUUACGAAACGUUGAUGGUGUCAUUCAGGAAAAACCGGAUGAAAACUUUUCAUUACCAUAUGAACUUGAAGAAGAUGGGUCAUGGAAUGCUCCUCUUCCAUUUCCCAGUCCUCAUUGUCAUUUGACGCCUCAGUACCAAGACAAAGAUUUAACUGAAGGACAAAGGAAUAUGUAUAAAGAAGUAUUCAUUUACUGUAAUGAUUUAAAAGACAUUCCUGUUUCUUCAAAAUCCGAUAAAACAGAAGGCUUGUCGGAAGUUGAAAAAUACUUCCUAACUAAAGAAUGUAUUUUGAGAUUUUUGCGUGCUACAAAGUGGAACGCAAGUGCUACCAAAAAGCGCAUUUUAGAUACACUUGUAUGGCGUCGUCAAUUUGGUGUCAAUAAUAUGCAUCCUGAUGAGGUGCAGGAGGAAAAUGCCACCGGGAAGCAGGUUUUGUUGGGGUAUGAUAAAGAUGGUCGUCCUUGCUUGUACUUGUACCCUGGCAGGCAAAAUACAAAGACAUCACCUUUGCAGAUUCGACAUUUGGUGUAUUUCCUUGAAUGCGCCAUCGACUUGAUGCCACCAGGCGUGGAAACAUUGGCUUUAUUAAUUAACUUCAGGGAUUCUUCCUCUCGGUCUAAUCCAAGCGUUGGCCAGGGUAAGGAAGUCCUUAAUAUUCUUCAAACUCAUUAUUGUGAGCGUCUUGGUAAGGCAUUAGUUAUCAAUAUUCCCUGGGCGGUCUGGGGCUUUUUUAAAUUGAUUUCUCCGUUUAUAGAUCCAAUCACACGAGAGAAGCUCAAAUUUAAUGAACCUUUAGAUCGUUAUGUUCCUAUGGAUCAACUUGACACAAACUUUGGAGGCUCUUUAAAAUUCGAGUACUUUCAUGAAAAGUAUUGGCCUCAGAUUGUAGAAUUAUGUAAAAUCCGUCGUCAAAUUGGACUUGAAAGAUGGAGAAAAAUGGGUUCUAAAAUUGGUACUAGUGAAUGGGAUAUUAAAGGGGGAAAUGAUUAUAUUAAGGAUAUGAGAAGUUAUGUUCGUCCUGGAUUCAGUAUUCGUUCCGCUUCUCCGACAGUAGCUCCGACAGUGAACGAGGAAAAACAAGAGAAGCUUUUUACGAAUUACAAAGAAUCGGAUUCCAGUAAUCUAGAAUCUAGAAAUAUCAAUGGAGAGAAGGCUGAUUUCGGAGCUUAUCUGAAUAAUGAACGGCAACAAGUGCAGCAGAAACUUCAGGGGGCAGAUCAAGAUUUCAACCAUACUAGAAAGCUAUCUACGGCUAGUGAUGCUGGGUCAUUUGUAACUGCGGAUGGUAUGGAUUGA